ACGCGCGUAACGUAACGCAGACAUGACAACAGAUCUACUGUAAACAGAGCGGUGAAGGAAUGCGUUAACACCGCGCGUAAUAAAGUAAGAGUCAUAUCUGGGACGACUCCAGGUGUCUGUAGACUACUGUAACGUUACAAAUGAGGUAGAGUCAAGCUUGUUAAAAAAAAUGUACGACCGAGCUCAAAGAGUGACCAUCAAAGUAACAAGCGGGACUUCACCCAUAGUGGGCCCCGGAUCAUAUGAUGUCUCCAUGUGCAAUUAUACAAUAGCAGAUGGUCAUGCUCCAUUCCUGUCCUUGAGCAAAAGGCCGUCAAUAUUCAAUGUGUCCAGUCAGAGUCUACCAGCACCUGGACAGUAUGACUCCUCCCCUGUCAAGCUCAACAUCCAUGGAGGCUGCAGUCUCCAGAACCGCUCCAAGCGUUUUGAUGAUGUAAAAUCGAAGGUACCAGGCCCCGGGGCCUACAAUGUGCUGCCUGCUUUAGGAAACACGCUGAGGGCCGCCACGGCUGAUGCAGGACAAGCUGAGAAGCUUGGCAAGAAAAUGGCUAAAAGUCUCUGGGUGGUUCGUCAGUCAGAUAUCCCAUCCAUCCCGUCCCCAGGCCAGGCCUUUGGCUACGAGGAGGACACACUGGGUGUGCUCAGCAAACAGCAGCCCCCUCCCAAGGACACAACCCUGGGGCCAGCUUACUACAACCCACUGCUGUCAGAGGUGAGUUCUUCGCAGAAGUAUAAAGGAGUCCACUUUGGCAACAUGACAGGGAAGAGGGGUAAGGUGACAGUGGUGGAUGGACCGGGUCCAGGACGCUAUGACCCUGAGAUGAACCUUGAAACUCACUACAAGAAUGUGAAUCUUCAAAAGGAGCAGAAAGGCAGAGCUGAGCUAAUCAUCCCUCGUUACCAUGAACUGGUGCCCAGACAAGAGGAAAAGAAGGGAGUUCCUGGUCCAGGCCAGUACCACAUCAGAAGUCAGUUUGAGAAGCCUGUGAAGUCCAGUGGUAACCUGCCGAACUUGACUUGCUCCUUCCUGUCUCAGACUGAGAGGUUUAGCGACGUGAAAAAAGAGUCGCCCCCUGUUGGUGUAUAUAAUGACCCGCGCUGUGCCCUGGAGCUCCUGAAGAAGACCACAGGAAUGAAGAAAAGCCCAUUUGGCAUCACGGCAGUGCGCUUCACUCGACACGACAAAAACUGCUCCACACCAGGUCCAGGGUCCUAUAAUGUGUUUGACUAUGGAUUAGCCCGGGAGAGCUUUAAAAAAGCUUUUUUUGAGAGAACCAGAAAAGGAGGCUUCGGCUCCACUUCUCAACGCAACUCAUUCCUUGACAACAAGGAGUUGAUAGAGGCCCCAAGUCCAGGACAGUAUGAGGCAGAAAAGAAGACAGAGGAGCUCUACAAAAACCGGCACAUGGCAGUUUUUAAAUCAGCCACAGAACGUCUGCCGUUAUCAUUACUGGCUAAAGACACCCCUCCACCCAACAGUUACAAUGUGAGUCGGACAUUUGAGGUCAGCGACCGCUUUAACUUACAACAACCCCGAAGUGAAGGAGCUAAAAGACGUCAGAGCUGCUUCCUGUCUGCUGCACCGCGGGAGGAUUUCUUCCUGCCAUGUGACCCCAGUGUACCAGGCCCUGGCCAGUACAACCUCAGUGUGAAAUCCUACCCUCAAAUGGCUCUGAUCUCCUCCAGAGAAGAUCGAUUCAAAGUCUCCAUGAACACCAACCCAGGACCCAGCGCUUAUCAGUUGAGUCCAGGUGUCAUGAACACAGUAAUGAAGGGCACCUUCAAUGUGACUCUCAACAACCCUCUGGGUCCCUGCUCUACCCCCCGUAUGCACCCUGGCCUUUUAAAGGCCCACAAGACCAUUAACACUGUCACACCCAACACCUUCAUCACCAGCAGGACGUCUUAGAGCUCUUUGUGGGUCAAAUUUCAGAGGUGAAAGGAAAAGCUAAGUAUGGCUACUUCCUCCCAGGACACAUUUCAGAAGUGCUGCUCAGCGAGAACAACAAACAUCCUCUGACAUGGCCGCUGUGCAGCUUCCUUGGACUGCUCGGGGACUGUAUGAGACACAGCAGUUACUCAAGGAGGGGAGAUGGAUUAAUUAAAACAAUUUUUACACGCUCACACUUCAAUUCAUCCUGGAAAUCAAGCCAACGAAUAA